CGUGUAUACUUCAUUAUGACGUCACGCCAUUGUCAACAAAGAGCUCUGGCCAAGGAUCACGCAGACAGCUGCCACACUCUAUCAGGCCCAGACAUGUAUCAGGCCUUCCCCCUCCAACACCUCAGGCAGAGGACCACGCCGUCUAAUUUAGACUCUGAGGUGUCGUCUAUCGUUGAUGCCAGUGUACGGAGCCUGCUCGACCCCAUUGUAGGACGGUUUUGGCGAUGCGUCGGUUGCAUCAACCGACUUUUUGGACGAACUGAUCCAUCUGAGGAACUCGAGGAAUGGGUGAUGGUAACAGUUCAGAAUGGCCAAAUGAAGGAGAUUCCGAAAGAAGCUGAUGCAGGGGAGGCAACUCCUACUCCACCGGAAGUGCCUCCAAUCGAGUUUGAUUGAAGGUGUCAAUGUCAUGAACAGUCUUUGUAUGUGCCCCCACAACGGCACUCUUCAGUUUACAAGCAUAUGUGCACUCAAAUAAUUAAAAAUAAUUAAACGUUACUUUUACUUAA